GAUGACCCGAUCGUUGAGUUGGAGUUCGUACUUUGUCCUCACUGAGCAGACAGACGCAGACAAGUCAAGACAACCCGAUAACAGUUAGUUUGGUUCUCGUUUUAUUCAAGGAUAUUUUGUUAACCCUGCGUCAAUGAAAUGGACCAUUAUUCCGACCAGGGGUGCGAAGGGUUAGAUCUGCUCGAUUUGCUCUUCGAUAAGAACGAUGGCAUCUUACGUCAUGAAGAAAUGGGACCGCAAAAUGAUCAGCUUUGGCCGGUUCAAGAUCCGCAUAUGAUGAUGCCUGCCCAGGGUAGCGAAGAUUUCUUCAAAGCAAUUUUAGGUGGCUCCGAUUCGAUGAACGGGUCUCCAGCAUGGUCGCCAUCUCCGAGCGACAGUGGAAUUAGCGAGGACCCUCAUUCGGAUCACAUCGACAGCCCACCACCCAUCAGAAGCCCUUCAGUGGAAACUCCCGGUUUUGUGGGCCCAAACAAUGUCCUUGAAACCAACUUCCCUUUCGAUAUAAAUGGCUGGGGGACCCGAUUCUUCUCAAACAAGCCCGGAGGGAUGCAGCGUGUAUCAGAAGUACCACAGGUGACACCGGCCACAGGAUUCCCCCUCACUAUCAAGGACCUGCUGCUAUCUGGCACACCAGAAACUCCCACAAAGGCAUCCCAGCAGUCCUACCAAGAGCUGGUUCUUACAGAAGAUGAGAAACGACUUCUCGCCAAGGAAGGAGUCGCACUGCCAGAUCAGUUCCCGCUCACCAAGUACGAGGAAAGGAUUCUGAAGAAAAUUCGCAGAAAGAUUCGCAACAAGCAGUCGGCCCAAGAGAGCCGGAAAAAGAAGAAAGAAUACAUUGAUGGCCUGGAAAGCAGGAUGGCUGCAUGCAACACACAGAACCAGGAGCUGCAGAGGAAAGUCUUUCAGCUGGAGAAAUGCAACAUAUCGUUGAUGGAACAGCUGCGUAGACUUCAGGCGCUGGUCAUGAACGGAUACAAAAAACCGGCCCAGACUGGGACUUGUGUUCUGGUGCUGCUUCUCUCAUUUACCCUGAUUCUACUACCCAAUCUGAAGCCCUUCACAGAUACCAAAAUCAGUCAGCAUGGAGACUUCAGCCCAUUGAGAGUUCAUUCGCGAUCGCUGCGUGACCUUCAGUCUUCCCGUGUGAUGCACGCCCUGGAGUAUCCGUACUCUGUGGCCGAAGACUCCAAAAUUCUUCCUCGCUUCUCUGGGGACAAAAGUGUGGAGGAUAUAACAUCUGUGCUUGAAGAACUACGCAGGGGACCGGGACUCACAGAUUACGACCACGAAUCUUACAACCGCAGCCUGGACCACCAGCAUGACGACCAUUACCAUAGCGACCCCAUCACUGGGUAUGUGGCGACGGUGACCUUGAAUCCUCGACGUGGCUCAAGGCAGAGUCCACACGCUGAUGAUAUGUGAAAGGCAGAGAGGGAUUGAUCCAGGGAUUUGUCAGAACUCCUUCAACAGCGCUUUUGAAGAGGGACUUUAGCUUACAGAUGGCUGGAAGCUCUUUUUUUCUUCUUGUUCUUCUUUCUGAACUUAUCUUGUAGAGAAAUAGACUUUUUUUAUGUAACAUUACUUUAAUUUUGUGAGUUUUUUAUGUCAUUCUUUUUUAUUUUCUCUUUCUUUUUUAACUUUUACACUUUACAGAAGUCUCAAUAAUGUGCUUAUUUGAGAACGAGAGAACUUUAAAUCUGUCUCUUCAAUUUGAAGAUCAAAGGACAAAACCCCCAGAUUUUUCAAUGUGCACACUUUUGGAUGUUAAAGCAGUGAUCGUUAAAGGAAAACACCACUGUUUUUCAAUAUUUUACUAUGUUCUUACCUCAACUUAGACGAAUGAAAACAUCCCUAUCUUUUUUCAAUGCGUGCUCUUAAUCUUUGUACAGUGCGUCGUGAAUGUGUUUCGAGCCCUCUGCAUUUAGCCGAGCCCUAUUCAUUCCUUAGGAUCCAAACAGAGAUGAAUUUAGAAGCCACCAAACAUUUCCAUGCUUUCCCUAUUUAAAGACUGUUACAUGAGUAGUUACACGAGUAAGUAUGGUGGCACAAAAUAAAAUGCCAGAGGUCGAAGUGCUGAAAACUAAGUGCUCUUCCGCCAUACAAUAUAGUUCUCAUUUUUUAUCCGCUUAAAAAAUCGCCACGUUUUAUUUUGUGCCACCAUACUUACUCGUGUAACAGUCUUUAAAUAGGGAAAACAUGGAAGUGUUUGGUGUCUUCUAAAUUCAUCCCUGUUUGGAUCCUAAGGAAUGAAUGGGGCUAGGCUAAAUGCUAACACAUUCACAACGUGCUGAACAAAGAUUAAGUGCACGCAUUAAAAAAGAUAGGUAUGUAUUUAUUCGUCUAAGUUGAGGUAAGAACAUACUAAAAUAUUGAAAAGUGGUGGUGUUUUCCUUUAAGUUUGAAUUGCUUGCCCUGCUUAUUCAUUUGCUUUUAAAAGCAAUCUAGCUAUUAAUUCAAUGUAUUAUUUUUUGAUCUGUGUUUGUGCCUUCUGUUUUUUGUGUCUUAAAAGACAAUUUUGCGCCAUGGGCACAGAAAGCCCAAGUUAAUUUUUAAUGACCUGGGAACUCCAAGAUGAAACGUUAGUGCACAGAGGGAUCCAUAAAUAACUUUUGGUAAUGAAUGUGCUUUUGAAUAAAAUCAUGUUGUGUUCAACUACAUUUCAACCUA